UCAGUACACUACAACAUCUUGAUAUUAAUCAACAAACUUCAAACUCACCAACAUCUAACAACAAUGCAGUUCAAGACUCUCGCUAUCAUCGCCGCUGUCGGCCAGGCCUCCGCCUCUUUCGACCUCAUCUCCAACACCAAGGUUGCUGAGAACAUCUUCGGUGGCAACAUCCAGAAGGUCAGAGUUGUCGACCGUGCUGUCCACGAUGCCGCCUCCCCCAUUAUUCAGGCCACUGCCCGCGUCGUCCGCGACAUGCAGCCCUCCAUGCUCGAGGGCAUGACUUUCUUCCACGCCACCCUUGACAAGGUUGUUGACUCUGUCCACCGCGUCAUGACCCCUGAGAUGCGCGCCAAGGUCAGAAACAGCAUCAUCAACGUUGUCAAGACCACCAACGACAACUUCCUCUAAACUAUUAAAUAUUGUUUAGUCGGCGCAAAAGCUGAAGCAUUCUUGGGAUUCUAAGGCAUAAACAAAAACUUUGAUGCCGCAGUGUGCCUAAAUAUUUAGCUUUUGCAGCUAUAAUUUGAGCCUGUCUUUAUUUCUUUAGUUUACGAGUAUUUUUAUAAACUUUCUAAAUACACAGUCAAAUCAAUAAUCUAUUGAAUUGUAACGCGCGCACAAGUAAGGUGUUUUAUUUGGCGCUCGUGACAAAAAAAA